AGGAGUGCCGUCACGCACGACACUUGUAGGUAUGCCGAGCCCUCUCGGAUUCUGAAUAUACUUCUCCGUUCCGUAACCACGAGACAUCAUAAAGGCCUCGACAUCUUCAUCCUGCGGCUUCUCAGGAUUAUCUCCACGAUCCAAGCGUACUACUCUGGUCACAUUACAGUCGAUAAUUCAUUCGAUCAUGCCAGCAUACGCAGUGCUGGGCGCGACAGGCAAUACAGGCCAAUCACUCCUCCAAGUCCUGACUCAGAACCCGGCCAACACAGUCCACCCCUACUGCCGCUCAAAAUCCAAACUAGAGUAUUUCCAACCAACCGUCACCAACAACCCCAACGUCAAAGUCUAUGAAGGCAGCCUCGACGAUACGGAAGUCAUACGCGAUUGCAUCAAAAACACUCAUGCCGUCUUCCUCGCCGUCGCAGUCAGCGGAAACGUCCCAGGCAAUACCAUCGCACAAGAUACCGCGCGCGUCGUUGUCGCUGCGUUGAAACAGAUUCGCGAAUCAGAUGCGUCGAGCAAAUUGCCUAGGUUGGUUGUGUUGUCCGCUGUGCCUACCGAGCCUGCUUUCAGCAAGGACAUGCCUGCACUUGCCCUCGCCAUUCUUUUCCGAGCGGAGUCGAACAUCUACAACGAUUUGAUCGCUGCUGAGAAACAGCUUCGGAAAGAGCAGGAUUGGCUUUCUGUCACGUUUGUCAAGCCCGGUGCUCUGAGUAUUGAUUCGCAAAAGGGACAUGCGUUGACGAUGGAGGGGCCGAAGGGUGUUGUUUCCUUCCUAGAUUUGGCUGCAGGUAUGGUUGAAGUUGCCGAAAGUGGAGAUGUAUAUGAUUGGAAAGCCGUUUCUGUCAAUCCUACUGCGAGUGAUGUGGCCUUUCCAUGGCAGAACAUUCCAUUGCUGGUCAAAGGGUUGAUCUAUCACUUUUUUCCAUGGGCUUAUCGUUGGCUUGAGUGAGCUUCAUAUGGCCUUCUGGAGGAAGUGUCAUCAAUAGCUGUCGCAAUACAGAGACUUGG